AUGGAGAAUCAGUACAAGCUCAUUGGAGCUUACACCCGCUAUUCCAGCUGGACUGCUCGUGUAGCCGUCCUACUGGACUACUACCGCAUCCCCCACGAGUCAGUCGAGCUCUCGCUUGAGGAGGCCACGAAGCUGUCGAAAACAGGGCUAGUCCCUGCACUCGAGGUGCCAUCUCUCGGCUCAUCGUUCCAGAUCAACGACUCCCUAGCGAUCUGUGAAUACCUUGCCGAGUCCCACCCGGAUCUGCCCCUAUGGCCCAAGGAUACCGCUCUACGGGCCCAAGCCCGCAGUGCCGUCGCACAGAUGCAUUCUGGUCUCUGUACAGUGCUACGAACAUACUACCACACCAAUGCCCUGGGUAGGUACACGGGAAAUGUUCCCAUGUAUGACGGCGCAAUUAAAGAGGUGGAGAAUUGCCUAAAGCUCUGGGCCGAGAGCAGACGGUAUACAGUUUCUCGACUAGCGGAACUGAAGCAGGCCGAUGAUGGGUUCUUGUUCGGCGAGUUUAGUAUCGCCGAUGCUUUCUUUUGGCCGGUUCUUUGGCGUUUCCGGACCUAUAACUUUCGUCUAUCAAGUGCUAAGCCCGAGGCGCUUGCGUGGAUGAAGCAGAUGUGGAAUCAUCCGAAGAUCAAGGAGAUUGUCCAUGGGUACUACCUCCAAAAGGAGCGCCCAGAGACAACCAUCCAGAGAUACGAUGAUGUCUUCAAAGGUAAUGCCGACGUGCAGUUCGGUUGGUUCCCCGAGAAUUGGGAGUUCACCGCAUAA